AUGGUAUGCCUUCCUUUCAGUGCCUCCUAUUUAUUUGAAACUGCUGCAGACCACCUUGACAUCCACAGAUUUCCUCAUCAGGCCAUUCUGUUCUGCUGCUGACCAUGCAAGGACUGAAGCCUCUACAAACUAAAGCUCUCCUGGGCAGCCUUCUGGUUCUGGCCACCUUUGUGACUGUAUGCAGAGGCUACUGCUACGUCCUACCUCUAGUUCAAGAUGAAGGUGGUUCUCGUGUAUGCCGGGACCUUGAUGGAACCACACACCCAAUAAACUCAACCUGGAUGGCUUGGAACUGUUCUAAGUGUAUUUGCUAUAAAAAUAAGUUGGAAUGCUGCACUCUGAUUUCUAUACCUCUUCAGUAUGACAAAUCCAAAUGCCACCCAAAUUUUCACACAAAUGACUGUACCAUCACUGUUAUUCAGACUUGGGAUCAACCAAAGCCCUGCGCUUUCUAUGUGAAGAUACGUGAUGUCAUCAAGGAAGCCCAGCGUGCCCUGCUCCCUCCUCCGAAACCACCAUCCUCCUGUUAGUGGCACCCCCAGAGGAGUAGUAGGAGCGAAAGGUCACGUCGUUUAGGCCAUCUCCUUUGGCCUCUACUAGUCUGGGACCAGUCACCCAUCUACUUUGGCCUCUACCACUUGUCUAUUGUGGAGUCCUGCCUACCAAUAAAAUCAUUCU